GCGGGUCAGGACUCGAUGUGGUUCCGUCAUGGGAAAGGUGUUUUUACGCGUUAUUUAUUUCGAACUAGCAUAACGCGUUAUAUCAAAGUACACUUUGUCAUGAGUGAAAAUCGUCGAAGAUUUGUUUUUACGUUGAUAUAAAUAAAAAGGAAAGGAAAAAAGAAAAACAAAAGUCACACGAAGUUGGUUUCUUAUUUUGAACUCAUCAUUUUUUGUUCUUAUCGUUGUUUGUAGUUAGUUCGAUCGAUCGAUCGAUUGAUUGACGAUUGUUAUUACUAUCGAAAUAAAAUCGAUCGUAACGUAUGCUAGCGGAUGACGACGGUAAAUUUAUACGUGGUGCGGAAUCCGUCGAUGGAAUAUAAAAAAUGGACGGCCUUCGUCGAUGAUCCGUCGUCGAUGCAGUGACAUUUCUAACGGAUUUUUGUAUUUUUAAAGAUAAGCUCGUUUUUAAAGAUAGAUUUUCGUUUACUUGUUUCCGCAAUUUAUUUUAUUUUCCAUUUUCUCCUCUUUUCUCUCUUUUUUUCCUUUUUUCUCUCCCCCCACCUCCUUUUGUUUUUAUUUUCUUGUUAUCGCUGUCAAAGGACAUUUGCACAAAAUUCGAUCGAGAGAAAAAAAAAAGAACCUCACCGCAAUCCCCGUACGUGUACGCACGUGACACGCUCUCGUGAAUAGUUUUGACAAGACACGUGAGGAUCGAUUAGAACGAAUCGAUUUGUAUCACCAAGGGAUAUUUACAGUUUCGAUUGAAACUUAUUUUCAGAGCUUACCAAGGAUUGUCUUAUGAGUGAGUUCAAUCAAUCUUUCUGAUUCGUCUUUUUUUGCUGAUAAUUAUCAGUUACUUUGUCAACGAAUCUAAGUUACUCUUCUUUGAUAAAAAUACGGAGACGCUUUUAUCAUCGGUCUAAUCUGAAUGUAAAAGAUACACGUGAUUCUUUUUGAAAGAUUUUAUUUCUCAAGAGUGAGAGAGAAAGAGAGAGAUUGAUAAAAGCUAACCAAAUCAAACUAAAUUCGUGUUUCGUCGAAUGAUAAUUCUUUCAACAUUACUAACGAAACGUAACAAAUUCACGAGUUAUUAUUACUAAACUGCCAACGAAACGUGAAAUAUUCACGAACAUUCAUCGUAAUAUUGCCGUUAUCGAAGUGUGUUGCAUCGAAAUUUUCUACCACCGAUUUCUACAGGCAUACAUGUAUAUGUACACAUUUUUGUCCGGAGAUAUUUAAAAUUUAGAAAAACUAAAAUUGUACAUUUCAACGAAAUACGACGACAAUUUUCGACGAGAGAUUUUACUAUUGGAUUAAAAAUUGUAUCUCGUCGUGUAUUUUCGAAUGAUAAUUCUUUCAACACUGCCAACGAAACGUGACAAAUUCACGAGUUAUUAUCACUAAACUGCCAACGAAACAUGAGAUAGAUAUUCAUGAGUUUUCGUCGUAACAUUGCCAUUAUCGAAGUGUGUCUCUUCCAAAUUUUCUAUCAUCAAUUUCUACAGACAUACACGUGUAUACAAAUUUUUGUCCGGAGAUAUCUGAAAUUAGAAAAACAAAAAUUGUACAUUGUACGAGAGAUGUUAUUAAUGGAUUAAAAAUUAUAUCUCGUCGACUUUUCAAGUAAUAUACUUUUUAUCAAAAAUCCAUUUGAAAAUCAAUCCACCUAGAAGGUUAUAAUACAAAAAUAAGAGGCAAGGUAAAAGAAAUUAAGGGAAAAUGUCCAGGACGCAAUGCUGCGACGGCAGCGAACGCGUUGCUGGCAUAACGAACAUGGGAGGGAAGAAAGAAAACGAAAAGAAGGUUCGUGGCUGCAAUUAGUAGUGCCAUUUCGAAACUGUCCUAAGUUUAUGGAGUGCUAACACUUAGCAGGAGUAAUACCAGGAAAGAACGAAAAGAAAAACUGAAGGGAACGUGUGUCCCGUUUUAUUUUUUAUUUUUUUUUGUUCGUUAUUUUGUGAAUAAUUAGUGCGAAGAAGAAAAAGAAGAAGAAAAAGAAGAAGAAGAAAGAGGAAAGAGGAAGAGGAAAAAGAGAGAAGAGAAAAAAUGUGGUGGAGGUGCAGGUGGAACUUCGCUAGCAUCGCUUCGACGAUGCAAUCCGCAACGAAUAGUAGCACCACUACAACCACGACCACAGUUUUGUUGGUCCUGGGAGUGGCCUCGGUCUACUCGCAGGUCGACGUAUCUGAUCUGGAUAAGCCCGUGCCAAUUACAACGAUAGAAGGUGUGUUGGGAAAUAAAGCGCAUCUACCGUGCGAUAUACAUGCGCCGAACAACGACGACAUAAACAUGGUGCUCUGGUUCAAGGAAGAUGGAAGUGAACCGAUUUACAGCUUUGACAUACGCGGUCGCCGACAAUUCAGCAAUGCCCGGCUUUGGUCGUCGCCUACAGCACUGGGACCAAGAGCUUUUUUUAUCACGGCUACGACUCCGGCACAUCUUAGUAUCGAUCGGGUCGAGAUCAAGGACGAAGGAAUCUAUCGAUGUAUGGUGGAUUUUAAGAAUUCACCAACUCGAAAUCAAAAGAUGAAUUUGACCGUAAUUGUGCCUCCUUCGAAGCCCGAGAUUCUGGACAGCACGUCGAAGAAUAAGUCGAGGAUCAAGGAAUCCUACAACGAGGAUAGCGAUGUGAAACUAAUCUGCCAGGUUAGAGGCGGCAAGCCACCUCCAAAGCUGACGUGGUACCUCGACAACAACGUGAUAGACGAGUCCUAUACCUAUGACCGUGAGUUUGCGCUUACGGUUAACCACUUGUCGUAUCCGAGAGUCGGCCGACAACAUCUCAACGCAAGGCUAUCCUGUCAGGCCAGCAACACCAACAAGGUGCCUCCAGAGAUCAGGGUUCUCGUUCUCGACAUUAAUCUGAAGCCGAUAUUUGUUCAGAUCAUAACGAAAGAGGUACGAGUUUCGGCGGAGAAGAUGUACAAAGUGGAAUGUACAACGGCCGGAUCGAGACCCACAGUAGUGAUAACAUGGUGGAAAGCGAGCAGACCGAUUAAGAAGAUGGCGCAGAGUUAUCCUCUGGACAACAAUCGUACCAUGAGCGUCCUGAGUUUUGUACCGAGUAUCGACGACGACGGGAAGUAUCUAACUUGCCGUGCUGAGAACCCCCUGAUUCCCGACAGUGCAAUGGAGGACAAGUGGCGAUUAGAAGUACACUAUCAACCGGUGGUGACUCUGAAGAUGGGAGAGACACUUAAUCCAGAUGACAUCAAAGAGGGUGACGACGUGUACUUUGAGUGCAUAGUAAAAGCAAAUCCUAAAGUGUAUAAACUCGCCUGGUUCAAAGACAGUAAAGAGUUAAAGAACAAUGCAACAGCCGGCGUGAUUCUCAGCGAUUAUUCGUUGGUGCUUCAAGGCUUAACUCGACAUUCCGCCGGCGACUACACCUGUCUAGCAGUAAACAGCGAGGGCAAGACCGCUAGUAAUCCCGUGACCCUUCAAAUAAUGUAUACGCCAGUUUGCAAAGAGGGUAAAAGCGAGGUUGUGGUUGGUGCUCUCAAACAGGAAACGGUUUCUUUGGUCUGUGCGGUGGAGAGUCAUCCACCACCGUUGACCUUUUACUGGACCUUCAAUAAUUCUGGAGAGUUGAUGGAGAUGCCGCACUCGCGGUAUUCUCACGCAUCAGUAGCCGGAACUCCCUCAGUCGUAGAAAGUCUGAAAGAGUAUCAACAAUUCCACGGUUCGAGACUGAACUAUACACCGACAACGGAAAUGGAUUACGGUACAGUCGCAUGUGGGGCCACUAACCAGGUCGGCAAGCAAAGAGCGGCGUGCCUCUUUCAGGUGAUAGCGGCUGGUCGUCCCUAUUCUCUACACAACUGCACUGCUACGGAAAUGUCAGCACCCUUAGAUGUGGAGGAGCUUGGCACGAAAUCAGGAACUGGUUUGAUCGUACGUUGUUUAGACGGUUACGAUGGAGGCCUACCUAUCCAUAGCUAUCAAUUGGAGGUCGUAUCUGAAGAGGACGGAUCGAUUCUAUGGAACAAAACACUACCGACCAAUCCAAAUGGACCAACCUUUGAGGUCACAGGCCUUACAACCGGCAAGAGUUAUCGUCUCUAUCUCUUCGCUAUUAACGCCAAGGGUAGAAGUGAUCCCGCCAUUUUGGAACCUGUCACGCUUAAAGGUGUCGCCAUGUAUACGACCGGCAACACGGAUGCAUCGAUGCUGAGUCCAUUGCUACUGGGUCUGAUAGCUACGGCGGCCCUUUUGGUCAUGGCUGUAGUUGGUAUCGUGGCAGCACUCUACCGGAAGCAUUCGAACGACCGUGCCGGAAGUCCAAAGCACGCUCCGAUCGUGUGCGAGCCACCUAAUGCAGGUGCAACCACCCCAGUGCACCCUCAGACCAAGCAGGCGGUCGAUGACAUCGAUCCGGACAUCAUACCUAACGAAUAUGAAAGAAGACCCUUAACAUAUACGCCCGUCUACAAGACACCACCUCAACGAAGAAAAAAGGAUCGGGUCACGGACGAAGCUACAUCACCUGAGAAAAGACCGAUCGUUCAGCACGGUUUAGAUCUACCAUCGGAUCCUGUACUAGCCGAUUGUCUUUCAACAUCCGCCAUAAAUUAUUCGCAUAAUCAUGUCCCACAUCAGACAAUUUUUAGCCAUCAGCCAACCAUGGCGGAUUUUAAACAAAUGGCUAUGGAAGCCUACAACCAACGUAAUAACCAAAAUGUGUAUUACAGCCUUCAAAGGACGAGCAAAUGUUUAUCGUCGAUGCCGCAGAGGCCGGUCUCUUCGUCAAUUUCUGCUCAGGGGAAAUUUCAUCAGCCAGAAGUGGUGACGCGCUCGAAUCGAAUACAAGAGAGCUGUAUAUAAUAAGAGAGUGCCCGUCUAUCUUACUUUCUCAUUAAUUUUUUCAUUUUUUCUUUCUUCAUUCUUCAUUCUUUUUUUUUUUUUCUUUAUUCUUCUUACGACUUUUUCUCUUCUCAUAAUAAUAAUAGGACGUGUACGGGUGGGGAGGAGUGUAUCAUAGAAAUGAUUGGACAAUUUUUCUAAUUGAUCGACGCUACCUAAAUCGAACGAAUAAAUUCCGAAUUUGUAAUAAUUAUUCAGUUAAGAUUCUACUAACAAUCAUUUAACAUUCUGUAAUCUUUCUAAUUGUUAAAUAAUUUAAUUGAAUAUAUCUAUUAGUUCUUUACAAUUUGGAAUUCAAUUUUUUCGAUUUAGUACACAAGUGUUUCAAUUUCAAAAAGUGCCAAAUAUUUUUACGAUCCACCGUAUAGAGUUUAUACGUGUAAGUUAUAUAAAAAAAAAGGGAAGAGAAAAAGAUAUUGACAAAUAAACAUUUAAUGAUAUAGAAAGAAGAGGAAUAU